UUAUUUCUUCACUCUCUCCCUGUGUUUUGAGUACAGAAUUUCAAUCUAUAGUAUAAUUACUAUAAGUUCUGUUUUUAGUAAACAAUUUUUAAGCAAAGUUUUAACUUCAGAGAUAAUCUCAAUUUCUCUCACUCUAUCCGUUGUUUACUCAUUCAAUUCAAGCCAUCGUUUUUGACUCUCAAUUAGAGGACUCGUAUUCCUAAUUGAGAACCUAUUGUCGCGAUUCCUAUUAUUAAUAAGGAUUCGUAUAUAAAGUCCAAUUAAAUGAUAAAAUAUUUUGAAGACCAACCCGACUGCCCGGCCCUAAACAGCUACCAACGGCUCACUAAGCCGUUGAUCGAGAAGCGCCGGCGGGCGAGGAUUAACCUCUGUUUGACGCAACUCAAGGAAAUGAUCAUCGAUUCCGGUCGUCAUAAUAUACAGAACCCGAAGUGUAAGUACGAAAAGGCGGAUAUACUGGAGCUGACGGUCGAGUACUUGCAAAACAUGCAUUUCAAGCAACAAAUGGACAAAAAUGUGUCCAAACAGUCGUUCAACGCCGGGUUCGACGAGUGCCUCAAACAAGUGCAACACUUCAUGAAAUGUUUGCCCCUUUCGGACAAACUCAACAAUAAGACUGCGGACAACACCACCGAUCGGACACAGAUCUCACAGAAACUGCUCACUCAUCUAGACUUCUGUCGAUUAGAGCUGACGCACAGCGACGUCGACAACGAUAUGGACGGCCAGAAGGAGAUGACGGUCGACACAGACAUCGAUAUCGACCGGUAUUACGACCAGAAUAUUUCGGCCCCCAAUCCCUCCUAUAGUGUUAUACAACACACCAGGAAUUACUCGUCUUCUGUGUCGAGUGCCUCAAGCAGUUCCUCCACAACCGGUACGGUAUCGCCGCCGACAACGCCUGAGCCCCAGCGCCGGCCAUUGCCCGACACAUUGCCCCCCGAUUUCAUACCCGAGUUUCGCAGUAUGAGAGCUAAUAGUGUCGGUCUAUACGAGAGUGACCGCAACGGCCAGUGCUAUGAGUUGGGCGCCGACGGUGUGUGGAGGCCCUGGUGAUCCCUCACCUCUAUUACCCCGAUGUGUGAUUGCAGAGUUGAUCACAUUUGAUGUACACAUUUGUUUUGCCAAAGAUGGAUUUAAUAUGUUUUAAUUUAAUAC